GAAGUUGCACAGCGCAAAAUCAGACCGUUUGGGACAGUCUUAGGAGUACGUUCCGGGCUCGGACGCCAUACCAGGCCUGGAUCCUUAGGACUUCUCCAGAGCACUUUGAAAUAAUUGUGGAAGGGCUUUGGCAUCUCUAGAACACCGAGAACUGUGAUAGACAGUUGAAAAAAGGAGGAAACGUUCCUGAGGCGCCGGAGUGGCGUGAGGGCCCUCCAGCUCUGGGGCCCGUCGGCACGCAGAAAAGUACCACCGGAGCGGCACUUAGGUAGGAUCCUCCAGCAAACACAGGUGCCCCGCAGAGCUCAGUAACGUGGUUUGCAGCAAACACAGGUGCCCCGCGGAGCUCAGUAACGUGGUUUGGAAGGGGAGAGAGGCCUCAAAGGCCUGAAAGGCCUAAAGGCUACUUUGUGGCCUGCACACCGUGUUUUUCUCAAGGUUCAUCCUGCCACAGAAAUUCUUUCUCCUCCUUCUCCUCCCAUUCCUCAGCCACUGGCCUGAUUAGGGCCGGCUCCAAAGACUGCCUCAUUUGGAGCAUUUGGAGUUCCUUUCGUCCGUGUGAUCCCCAGUGCACUCUGCCAGCCCCGUUUUAAAAGAAAUGGCUUCUCUGGAGGAGGGCAUCUACAGCCUUAAAAUUAAUUCCAAACGUAGCUCCUAUAAUGCCAUGAACCCUCAAUUUACAGCUGGAAGUGAGGGUCAAAAUGAAACUGAGGAACCAAACAAGUUCCAGAACAGGAAGGGUAGACCUCAAGAUAGUGGCUCUUCAUUGUCUCUGAGUGUUCUCCAGGAGAUCCUGGGAGAUGACAUUCCAAAAGUAAAGGAAGGGGCUGUCAUUAGUUCACAAUCAGACCUAGGAGAGUGUCCCUACUGUGGAGAAAGACCAGCCAGGAAUGCCACUAUCUUUGCUCCUCAAAAAGAGAAAGAGUCAGCCCCAGAAAUGAGCAGCUCCUGUGACAAGAGGGUGACUGUUAAUCCUCCUGAGAAAUUCAGUGAGGGGCGACCUAAAAAACAAAAUACACUCAUUUGUGAAAAAUGCUCUCAGCCUUCAAAUUUUCUGGAUGACUAUAACCCCCAUGUAAUAAUCCAAAAGCAACUUAGCAACCAAAGUAGAGUCAUUUGUGAAAAAAGCUCUCCACCUUUAAAUGUUCCGGAUAACUAUAACUCCCAUUCAGUAAUUCAAAAGCGCAAAGAAAAGAUGGCAAUUGAGCGCCCCUCUUCAGGGAGUGACUGGUCUGAUGUAGGUGGAACCACAGUCAUAUUCUCUGAAGAGAAGCCAUUCUCACUGUGUCUUCCUGUAGUGUCAGAGCCUCCAUACUACGCCACUGACUACACCACUUUUCCACCUCAUUAUAGUCCUUGGCAUGACUACACCAGCUCUUGGCUCAGCAGUACCAAGUCUUCUUGCUAUCCCUCCUUGGGCAGCAGCAGUAACACAUUGCAGGCUGGGAAGAGCAGCUGUAGCAGCAGCAGCAGAAGCAACAACAACAUAUUCCAGGGUGAGAGGAGCAGCCACCAGAGCUUCCUGAGUGAUUAUUCCACCAAUUUUCCAGCGAGCUCCGAAAACACAUCCAGAGAUCUGAAGAUGACAGAGGAAGGCAGAUCCAAGAAUUCUUCCUUAUUUUACUACUCCAGAAAUGUGGAAGCAGAGGCGAAGGAGGAGAGAGUAUAUCAAGAGGAGACAUUAGGACAUCCUUAUGGAGGACGUGCAUCUAGCUUUCCGCCAAGGACCAUCUGGCAGCCAGAGCAACCGGGUUUCAUUGAUACCCACUGUCAUUUAGACUUGCUAUAUUCCAGGCUGCCUUUCAAAGGCACCUUUACCAAAUUCAGAAAAAUUUAUAGCAACACCUUCCCCAAGGAGUUUCAGGGCUGCAUUUCUUGCUUCUGCAAUCCUCAAAACCUAAGUGGUAACCUGUGGGAGGAUCAGUUGAAAGAUGAUCUGGUUUGGGGGGUCUUUGGCUGUCGUCCUCAUUUUGCCCAUUAUUAUAACAACUAUCAAGAAGGAAAUAUUUUAAAAGCCUUACGACACCCCAAGGCUGUGGCAUUCGGCGAAAUGGGCUUGGAUUACUCCAGUAAGUGCACCACGCAUAUCCCAGAGCAGCAGAAAGUAUUUAAGAGACUGCUGCGGCUGGCCGUCUCUCUAAAGAAGCCCAUGAUGAUCCACUGCCGAGAAGCCGAUGAAGACCUACUGCACAUCUUGAAAAAAUACGUGCCCUCUGACCACAAGAUACAUCGCCAUUGCUUCACUGGGAGUUACUCAGUCAUCGAGCCCCUGUUGAACCACUUUCCCAACCUGUAUGUGGGCUUCACGGCAAUUCUGACUUACUCUUCUGCUGGGCAAGCCCGAGAAACUGUGAGAAAGAUCCCGCUAGAGAGAAUUAUUGUAGAAACCGAUGCUCCCUUCUUCCUCCCUCGCUGGGUUCCCAAAAGCUAUUGCCAGUAUGCCCACCCAGGCCUGGCCCUGCAUACUGUGCGAGAGAUUGCCAGAAUCAAAGAUGUGUCGCUCUCCCACACCUUGACCGUCUUGCGGGAGAACACCCAUCGCCUCUACCAUCUUUAAACAGAAAAGGCACAGUCAGGAGUCUUCCCAAGAAAGGAGACCGGUAGCCUAACAAAACAUACAGACUAGAUUUGAACUCUGCGUAUGUCCUGGGUCAAGGAUGUGUUUGAAGAAUUCGUUGGAAUGGAGUAAACUAGGACAGGAUAUUUUCCUCAAAACCUUUUCAUAAGACUUCUGUUUCUGGCUGGUAGGGUGGGGUACAAUGGGAUGGGAGGAGGGUUAAGGUAAACUGCCCUUGAUGUUAUUAAGGUUUUUCUUCCCAGCAAAAAUGCCUUAAGGUAGCCAGUAAAGAAGACAGCUUGAUAGAAUACAAAGAGUUUCCCAAUCUAAAUCCCUGUCCUCUGCAGCCUGCUUUUGAUCGCUUGGUGAAUAAAGUCACCCUCCUACUUGUCUUUAAAAAAAUGUAGAAUUUUAAAAGUGAGGUAGGUGAUUUGUGUAUUAUAUUUGUAUAUUAUAGGAAUUCUAUUUUAAAAAAUUUAAAAAUCGGCCGGGCAUGGUGGCUCACGCCUGUCAUUCCAGCACUUUGGGAGGCCGAGGCGAGCGGAUCACUUGAGCCCAGGAAUUCAAGACCAGCCUGGGCAACAUAGUGAAACCUCGUCUCUACAAAAAAAAAAAAUAAAAACAACAAAACAACAGCCGGGUGUGGUGGCACACGCCUGUAAUUCCAGCUACUUGGGAGGCUGAGGUGGGAGGAUCACUUGAAUCCAGGAGUCUCAGGCUGCAGUGAGCUAUAAUCACACCACUGCACUCCAGCCUGGCAACAGAGUGAAACUCCCAUCUCUAAAAAAAAAAAAAAAAAAAAGUUUUUUAAUAAAAAAUAGGCCGGGCGCAGUGGCUCACGCCUGUAAUCCCAGCACUUUGGGAGGCCGAAGUGAGUGGAUCACUUGAGCCCAGGAGUUUGAAACUAGCCUAGGCAACAUAGUGAAACCUC